CCUGCAUCCUAAGAAUUAAUCAGAGCUGCUGUUUCUAUGGGAGGAAAAAAAUAUCAGAUAGACCCUAUUAAUCCCCUGCAAACUACCAAAGCAACCUGACAUCCAGGACCAGGAAAGCUGCAUAUCUGUUAUGUCAAAGGAAAUAUCGCACCUCUGGAUCAAGGACAGGAUGACAAAAAGGAGGGUCACUGUGGCCUAAGCAAAUCCUAUAGGAAGAUCAGCUAAGUAGCAUCCCAUUUAAUGCAGAAGGUCUCAGCUGUGCUGGCCUCUUAUUCCAUUCUGCACAAUUUCCCAUAAUUACAGGUCCACUGGGAACAAGAAUUUGUGGCUCAUUUCAAUUCAAUCCCAGAAUUCUCUCCUAUUCCUCUUCUGCUUCAUCCCACGGGGGAAAUCUGUAAAGGGAAGAGAUGAUUUUAUCUUUGAACGGAAAUACCUGUCACUGUUGUAUAACAGAAAAAAGGAAGAAAAUGAGCUUUGGCUUCUAACAAAAAACAAAAAAAACAACUCCCAUUAAAACAAGGGAUUAAAAAAAAAAGGUACAAAUAUAUUUAAAAGAUUUCUCUCUUCAAUUUUAAAAGGACUCAUCAUUUUUGGGCAUUAGCAGCUUUCUCCACACUCAUGGGUGAGCCUGACUCAAGAUGACUCCUUGGAGCCGACGUUUCUAGGCCUUGUUCGUCUGUUUCCAUCACCCUAUAAUACCCAGCGAAAGGCUUUAAUAAUUAAGUAACUUGCACCAUGGAAACCAAACUUCCUGUCACCCCAACUAGCCCGUCCUCCCCUGGCCUGUCACCUGUUUUAGCUGCAGAUAAAGUGGAUGGCUUCUCUCGGCGCUCCCUUCGACGAUCCCGUCAGCGCCGGUCGCACAGCUCCUCCCAAUUUCGCUACCAGAGUAAACAGCAGGAACUGACUCAGCUGCCCCCUCUAAAAGAUGCCCCUGUCUCAGAGCUGCAUGAUUUGUUCUGUAAGAAGCUGCAACAAUGUUCUGUUAUCUUCCAUUUUAUGGACUGUGUUGCUGACCUCAAAGGGAAAGAAAUCAAAAGGGCGGCCCUGAAUGAAUUGGUAGAGUGUAUUGCCACGAACAGGGGGGUCCUUAUAGAGCCCGUGUACCCUGAGGUCAUCAAGAUGAUAUCAGUGAAUAUAUUUCGGACAUUACCUCCGACUGAUAAUCCAGAGUUUGACCCAGAAGAGGAUGAGCCAAACUUCGAGCCAUCUUGGCCGCAUCUGCAGCUGGUAUAUGAAUUCUUUCUCCGAUUCCUGGAGAGUCAAGAUUUCCAACCGUCUUUGGCCAAAAGAUAUGUUGAUCAGAAGUUUGUCCUCAUGCUUCUUGAUCUAUUUGACAGCGAGGAUCCUAGAGAAAGAGAGUAUUUGAAGACAAUUCUGCAUCGUGUAUACGGCAAAUUUCUGGGUCUUCGAGCGUAUAUUAGGAAACAAUGCAACAAUAUCUUCCUCAGAUUUAUCUAUGAGACAGAAAGAUUUAAUGGAGUAGCCGAACUGCUGGAAAUUCUGGGCAGCAUCAUCAAUGGAUUUGCUUUACCUCUGAAAUCUGAACACAAACAAUUUCUUGUCCGCGUUUUAAUACCUCUGCACUCAGCAAAAUCUCUCUCUAUAUUCCAUGCACAGCUUGCGUAUUGUGCGGUUCAGUUCCUGGAAAAAGACUCCUCAUUGACAGAGCAUGUUAUUCGAGGUUUGUUAAAAUACUGGCCCAAAACCUGCACUCAGAAAGAGGUGAUGUUCCUAGGAGAAUUGGAAGAGAUUCUUGAUGUCAUUGAACCUUCCCAGUUUGUGAAGAUCCAAGAGCCCCUCUUCAAACAGAUUUCUCACUGUGUCUCAAGUCCUCACUUCCAGGUAGCAGAGCGGGCACUGUAUUUUUGGAACAAUGAAUAUAUCCUUAGUUUGAUUGAAGAGAACUGCCACACCAUACUCCCCCUCAUAUUCUCAACCCUUUACCAGGUUUCCAAGGAACACUGGAACCAAACGAUUGUGUCCCUGAUUUAUAAUGUACUCAAGACUUUCAUGGAAAUGAAUGGAAAACUCUUUGAUGAACUCACAGCAUCAUAUAAGCUUGACAGACAACAGGAAUUAAAGCGUGAAAAAGAGCGGCAGGAGCUUUGGAGAAAGUUGGAUGAACUCCGUCUUAAAAAGAUGAAUGGCCUAGACAAGGCACAGAUGAACCAACUUAACCUACAGCACAGUCAAGGAAGUAAAAGCUAGAAGACCCUACAACGCGUUUCACAUCAUCUCACAGAAGACCACUGCAGCCAGGCCACACCCUUCCCCUCCCCAUAUUGUACCUGCCCCAUAUUAAGAUCUCCUACUUCUUUCCAGGAAGAGGGGAGAGUUGUAGUCCACUGCAAGCUCUCCUGGUGAUCCUACCAAUAUAAAUGUCUACAGGAAAAUAUUCUGUAAAAGCCUCUCAUUUCAGAGCAGCCAUCCUUUCUUGUUGUUUUGACAGCAGAAGAUACUUUGUGGUGUCUUAUUUUCAAAUACCAUUUUGUUCAAUCCUGUCUGCAACAAUAAAGGCCUCAGCAACAACAGAGACUUCUGGGAAAAGCCAUUAGGCAUCUCUGUCACUUUCUGCCCAAUGGAAGCAGGAGAUCCUAUCACCGUCUGUUAUUUCUUGUCUUAAGAAAUAAGGCUUCUCUGAAAAAGCCUUUAAAAUCUGUCACUUCCUUUACAAUGGAAGCAGGGCCUUCUGGGAAGUUCCCUGCAUCUUUCACUUCCUGUUUGUCAAGAGAAAAGGCUUCUGGGAAAGUCUGUCACUGGUUCACUUCUGUUGAUUCCUGUCUGUGAGAGCAGUAGUUUCUGGGAAAGCCUCAUAAACCAUAAGCAACUAUCAAUCUGUGUUUCUGAAAGCUGGGGCUUCUGGGAAGGCCUGUAUCUUGAGUCUUCUGUCUGUCACUUUUUGUUUGUGAGAGCAGAGGCUUCUGGAAAAGUCUCUCCAACAUGCACCUUUGGCCGUUAUUCCAUCAAUAAGAGCAGAGGCUUCUGGGAAGCCACUUUCCACACCCCACACCAGUACAUAUUUCUCUAACCUGAGAAGAGUUAACAGUAUCCUUCAGUGCAGAGGACGAUAGGACACUCAGCUAACUGCAGCCUGGAAUAAUAAUAUCACCAUGCUGGAUUCAUGGAAGCAACAUUAUCUGGGUAGCCAUAAAUGUCCCUUACCCAAAGACCUUCAUUUUAUUUUUUAAACUUUGUUUUGAAAACUGGUGACUUACACAAUGCAAAUCAACAGCAAAUCAUUGAAGAUAAUAUCUAACUAUAGCAAAUCUCAUGGAAAAAAAAGAGCCUUCAUGGGAAAAGUCUGGAAAAAAAACAAGAUGGCUGCUGGUAUGUUAAAUUCAAGAGUGCAGAUAGUUAAUACUUGACAUAUCGUCAAAGUAGGUGCUUUAGGAAAAUCCAGUGGCCUCUUUAUUGAUAUACUGUUAUGGUGCAUGCUACAUGGAAAAUAUGAGUAAUGUGGAACAUUUUAUUGUUUUCUGCUUGCAAAUGCAAUUGAUUUUGUUUGGGUUGGCUGGCCCACAUCUAACACUUCCUACCUAAGAAACUGACGGUAUCUACAUUCAGUUUGUGCUUGUUACUUCUUGUCUUUGGAGCAGAGGCUUCUGGGAAAGUCUCUGUGUGUCAUUCGUAACCCUCUUUCUUUAUGAGCAAAUGCUUUUAAGGGGGAUAAUUCCACUAAUCCAUUUUCCACCCACAACCACACAAAGCUUAUUGGAAAAACUUUGUAAUCAAUUGGAAUAUACAAAUUAUCAUCUGUAAGGACACAGGCAACCAGGAGGGAAAAAAAAAAUCUGACUCUGCAUAUCUCACUCUGUGCCCAUAACAGGAGCGAUCUGGCUGCUGAAGGUUCGGUAAAAGUUAUUCAGGAUAUGUCAUAAACUUAUAAAACAAUUGUUAGAUGUCAUAUCCUAUAGUGACCUUGUGAAUUCCAGGGGAAAAAAAAGUUGUUGGGCGAUCCUACAUUGCCCUGUCUACAAAUGCAAUGGCCUCUGGGGAAAAAGAAAAAAAUCUGUUAACCGUAAACUUCCAGUACCUGCAUUCACUGCUUAGCAUCUCUGGGCACAAUGAAUUAUGGGUAUGCCAACCAUUGGCGAUAGAAGAUUGAACUCUGAUUCAGCUGCUGCUUAAUACAGAGACUAUAUUAUUGUUCUAAUAAGCUGUUAACCAGAGUGUUUAAGGCACCCAGAAAGUUCUGUUGAAAGUUAUGUAAUCCACUCCCAGAGGGGAUUUUAUUUGUGGUGAAAGAGAGAUAUUACACACAAAUAUAUCAACCAUGCUUAGUUCCAACCCAA